AUGACAGCAAGAAGGCGACCCCCGAACCAUCCCCUGAGAAGAAAUACGUCCACACCCCGACGCAUGCGGCUUCUUCUUUCCUCAAGACAACCACAACAAGAGACAUCCAGAGAGCAAAUGAGAUUUGGUGAUGACACUCGUCAUCUCUCGUUCAACAACAACAACAACAACGACAACAACAACGACAACAACAACGACAACAACAACGACAACAACAACAACAACAACAACAACAACAACAAAAAACUCCCCGCCACCACCCCAUCAGGAAAGACAAGUGCGGCUCAACUCGGGAGAAUAGAGAACGACAAAGAAGGGAGGAUGAAACUUUUCCUGGUCGGGACCUCAUCGCCAGAACGUUUCGAACGUGACACGGGCCACGACGACUUUCAGAAAAGGAGGCCAUCAUCGGCGGCCGUUGCAGCAACUAUAACGGGCAGUCGGGAACGGCACAGCACUGUUGAAUCGUGGGUCGAGUUGUGGAGUACGCAGCUGGUCAAAGAGCUGACGAGUUCGGGGUGGGAGGGAGAAAGAAAGCGGGGCGGGAUGUUGGUUUCACGGUUGUGUGGUUUGAAGGCGGCGUAUCCGGGGGAUUGGGACCGAGGCGCGACUUCGAGGUCGAGAUGCGGGUUCCGGCCCCUGCGAGAGACCCUCGACGCCGUUUAUUCAGUCCCCUCCCCUCAUCGUCUAUACUUAGAGCCAUCUCGGGCGUGGCUGCGGGUAUCGACGAUGGUAUUCCGCCGAAUGUGA